AUGCAGAACGGGCAAGGCUUAAAGAAAGGAUUGGUGGCUCAAUGGUCAGCUACCCGCGAUUCUGGCGAAAAGUUCCAGUUUCUGAAAGCAUUCCUUUUGGAUCGGGACAUGACCAGCAUCAAAGUGUUGAGCGAAGAUAAGUCCAAGGAGAAGUUCACCGAGAUGCCGCUAUGCCUGAUAAGGCAGAAGUACGAGCCCCUCCCAGGAGGGAAGCAGUUCGUAAAGGACAUAAUCCAAAGCCAAAAGGGCAGGAAGCAUCCGCAGUCCUCGGACGACGAGAUGAAGAUCUAUAAGGUAUAUGUUGGGGUGGAUAUCACCAGCGGCUUGGUUGCAAAUACGUGUUGA